AUGCCGGCGUCGGCUAAAGGGGGAGCCGUUGGUUCCUCCCCAAAGUUCGCGCUGUCCGCGGCACGUCCCGCGCGCAUGCCGAGGACCCCGAGGACCACGACGUCCGUGUCACGUGCAUGGGGAGUCGCAGACGACUUUUCUGAACAAUUGUCUCCUAGGUAUCUGGGUCAAGCCGUAGCGACUUGGUUCUGCUGUACAAUGGAAAAGUUUGAAAGACUACGAUCUGUGGGCCGGCUGGAACAGUAUUCGACCGCUCGGCACCAGGCUGGGUUCUAUCUUAAUGUCGCGGUGACGGCGACAUACCUCCUUCCCGAGAGCUUCCAGCUAUCUCUCAGGGAUUCUAUUUAUCGCGCCUGCGAGACCCUCAUUGCCGAACAUGCCGCUCUGUCGGCGAUUCCUGCGGCGGAUGAUACUCAACAACCCUACUUUGUCCGUCUGCCGCAGAUCGAUCUGGACCGCGUGGUCGAGUUUCAAGAGCGCAAAAUCAGUCAUGCAUCAAAUGCCGGGGUCGAUGAGGCCGGAGACCUGCUUCCAGACCUGGAGUUACAGACUCUCCUAGAACGGCAACACAACACGCCCUUCUCAGCGCCAGACGCAUAUUGGAGACUCUGUGUGCUCACCGACUCCACAAACACGCACAGUUUCACUGCCGCAUUUGUCUUUCACCAUGCACUGGGCGAUGGUACUUCGGGCAAAGCCUUUCAUCAGACCUUGCUCCGCGCCCUCGGACACCACGGCGCCGUCACCAAAUCCAUCAUCCAGUCCCCUUCAACGCCCAUGCUCCCGAAUAUAGAGCAAAUUCACCCCAUGCCACUCUCAAUGUGGUACCUGGCCAAAAAGAUCUUCCACGCAAAGAUCUAUUCGUACAGAAACCCGGGUCUCUGGAGCGGAGGCAAGAUCCAACUCGAAGGAGGCACACAAGUCCGCCUAGUCCCCUUCUCCAAAUCCCUCGUCACGUCGCUCCGCGCCAUCUGUCGCAGGGAACAAACAACCAUCACCACACUCCUCCAGGUCGUCCUUGCGCGAUCACUCUUCGCCAAUCUCCCAGAUCGCUACACCCACCUCGCUUGCUCCGGCGCAAUCUCAUGCCGGCGCUGGCUCCCCGCGGAGAUCACCGACGAAGUCAUGGGCGUCUACGUAACCGAUUCCGAAGAGUCAUACACACGCCACGCGACGAUGAACAAGCCCACGCCAGAUGAAGGUUUCUGGAACGAAGCGCGACGCUCCCGGCGGAACAUCAUCGCCUCUUUGAAUCGUGAAGGCCGCGACACGGGGCCCAAUCUCCUACAAUACGUGGAUGAUUUCCAGCAAGAGCUGUGCUUUUCUAAACUCGGGUGUGAGCGCGACAAGAGCUACGAGGUCUCGAAUAUCGGUGUCUUGUCGUGCGAUGAUGCCGCGCCUGAUAAGCCGCGCAUCGAGGGAAUGGUCUUUUCACAAUGUGCGAGUGUCGUUGGAAAUGCCAUUGGUGUCUCUGUCGCGACCGGGGCUGAUGGUUGUAUGGUACUUGCUGUGACGUGGCAGGAGGGUGUGGUUGAGACUGCUCUGAUUGAGAAUGUGAUCGGUCGUUUGAAGGCCGAGUUGAAGGGGUUGUCUUGA